GCAGCAGGGAGGAGGAGGGAGAGAAUCAUGCAGCUUUCUGCUUUCUGCGCACCCCCUCCUCUCUUUCCCACAUUGCUGUGCAGGAGAAGCCCCCUCCUCUCUCACCCAUCCCUCCCCUCUUUCCUCUCCCUCAGCUCGGCCAAUCAGGCGUGUCGGUGGGGGCAGGGCAAAGCAAAAGCACCAUUCCUGUGUUUCUGCUGCAUCUCCCCAGAGCUAACAGGGAGCUAGCAGAUCAGAGGGAGGAGACACGCUCAGACCAGCCUCUGUGUGUGUUCGUGGGGUUUUAUGUGUGUUAGUGUGUGAGUGAGUGUGCCCUUCGCAGACUAGCAGGCACGGCCACAGUGCUGCAAUCCUUUUUCACCAGGCUUCUUCUCGUUAACCUUGCCUUGCUCAGCUUCCGGCCUGCUUCUUCUUCCUCUGUUCAGCGAGGGGGGAGACAGAAACCCGUUCACUCUGAAAACACUUCGCAGUGUGUGUGACAGCUCCAGGCAGGAUGAUAGCCGCUCAGCUUCUGGCCUACUACUUCACCGAGUUGAAGGAUGAUCAACUCAAAAAGAUUGAUAAGUACCUGUACUCCAUGCGGUUCUCCGAUGACACGGUGAAGGACAUCAUGAACCGGUUCAGGAGGGAGAUGGAGAACGGGCUCGGCCGGGACACCAGCCCCACCGCCACCGUGAAGAUGCUGCCCACCUUCGUACGCUCCAUCCCUGACGGAUCAGGUACACAAACACACCACAUAUUUGGACCGCUCGG